AUCAGAACCAGAGGACAUGAUAAGUAUGGGAGGCUUCAUCUGCUGUGUUAUUGGAGGACCAACAGCUUGGGAGAGCAAGAAACAAGUGGACCAAGCAUUGAGCUCGGUGGAGUCCGAGUACAUGGCACUCCUCCGUGCCAUAAGAGAGGUUGUGUGGCAGCGGCGUGACAUUUACGACCCAGCUGUCCCUGACUCCCCUGCUCACUCUGCCUCAUCGCACCAGCACCAGCAGCAGCAGCAGCAGCAGCAGCAGCAGCAGCAGCAGCAGCAGCAGCAGCAGAAGGAGCAGCAGCAGCAGCAGCAACAGCAGCAGCAGCAGGUGCAGCAGCAGCAGCGGAUGGAGCAGCAGCAGCAGCAGCAGCAGCAGCAGCAGCAGCAGGAGGUGCAGCAGCGGAUGGAGCAGCAGCAGCAGCAGCAGCAGCAACCGCAGGCAGUGCAGCAACAGCAGCCGCAGCAGGAGGUGCAGCAGCAGCAGCGGAUGGAGCAGCAGCAGCAGCAGCAGCAGCAGCAGCAGCAGGAGGUGCAGCAGCGGAUUGAGCAGCAGCAGCAGCAGCAGCAACCGCAGGCAGUGCAGCAACAGCAGCCGCAGCAGGAGGUGCAGCAGCAGCAGCAGCAGCAGCCACAGCAGCAGCAGCAGCAGCAGCAGCCACUGCAGCAACCUCAUUGGCAUCGCCGCACCACCUCUCCUUGAUCUCGGGGUUAAAUCUUUUUAGA